CUUUAAUGCCACACCCAAUUCCAAAUCAUAACAGCUUUACCAGACCCCUCCAAAAGCCCAACCCUUCACUCUCCUACUCCUCUCUCGCAUCUUCCCCAUUUCCGUAUCGAAACUUCGGCCUUCAAAUCUCAGGCGCUGUUCCCAUCCUUCCCCUGUGCCUAAGAGAGCUUGAAGGAGCCCAACCGCCCGUCUACUGCUCAACCAGCUCCUUCUCUUGUUACUGUGGGCUUUGGGUGAAAGGAUUAUAGCAGAUCACGUGGGCAGUGCCGGCUUUGGAGUCUCCGACACGAAAUCUGGGUGUUUUAAUAUUGGUUGGAGUAGAUGACCAGAACUCCAGCGGCAAUCACAAAGGGUGUUCUGCUUGGAACAAGAUGGUUGGCAGUGUGGAAAGGGAUCAUGGUUCUCUUCAGGUUAAUGGAUCUAUUCACAACUCCAGUGGUGCUGAAGAAAGGCUGGAUGAGCUCCGUCGCCUUCUCGGCAAGUCCGAUGGAGAUCUGUUAAAGAUUGUGGGUAUAGGGGCUGGUGCCUGGGGCAGUGUUUUUGCUGCUCUCUUGCAAGAUGCUUAUGGUCAUUUUCGUGAGAAGGUUCAGAUUAGAAUAUGGAGACGGGCUGGGAGAUCGGUUGACAGGUCCACAGCAGAGCAUCUAUUUGAGGUAAUCAAUUCUAGGGAGGAUGUUUUGAGGCGUCUGAUUCGACGGUGUGCUUACUUGAAAUAUGUUGAAGGCAGGCUUGGGGACCGGACACUGUAUGCAGAUGAGAUCUUAAGGGAUGGUUUCUGCUUGAACAUGAUUGACACACCGCUCUGCCCGCUGAAGGUUGUGACUAAUUUGCAGGAGGCAGUAUGGGAUGCUGAUAUCGUUGUGAAUGGUUUGCCUUCCACAGAGACCCGUGAAGUGUUUGAGGAGAUCAAUAGAUACUGGAAGGAGAGAAUCACUGUUCCAAUUAUAAUCUCUCUGGCGAAGGGUAUUGAGGCGGCUUUAGAUCCAGUACCAAGGAUAGUAACGCCCACACAGAUGAUCAGAUGUGCAACUGGAGUUCCAAUUGAGAACAUUCUUUAUCUUGGGGGCCCAAACAUUGCUUCGGAGAUUUAUAACAAGGAAUAUGCUAAUGCUCGAAUAUGUGGAUCCGAUAAGUGGAGAAAACCUCUUGCUAAGUUUUUGAGGCAGCCACAUUUCAUUGUGUGGGAUAAUAGUGAUCUUGUCACUCAUGAAGUUAUGGGUGGCCUGAAAAAUGUAUAUGCUAUUGGUGCUGGAAUGGUAGCAGCUCUGACAAAUGAGAGUGCAACAAGCAAAUCAGUGUACUUUGCCCACUGCACUUCUGAGAUGAUAUUUAUUACUCAUCUCUUGUCAGAGCAGCCAGAGAAACUUGCUGGCCCAUUACUAGCUGAUACCUAUGUAACCCUUUUAAAAGGUCGCAAUGCAUGGUACGGCCAGAUGCUAGCGAAAGGGGAACUAAGUCCUGAUAUGGGUGAUAGCAUCAAGGGGAAAGGGAUGAUUCAGGGUGUCUCUGCAGUUGAUGCAUUCUAUGAGCUUCUUAGUCAGCCCAGCUUAAGUGUGCUGCAUCCUGAAGAAAACAAGCCCGUUGCUCCAGUUGAGCUGUGCCCCAUCCUUAAAACACUUCACAGAAUUCUAAUAAAAAGGGAAGUUUCUACACAGGCCAUUCUUCAAGCAUUAAGAGAUGAAACCAUGAAUGAUCCUCGUGAACGGAUUGAGAUUGCACAAAGCUUCUACAGACCAUCUCUUCUCGGCCAACCAUGAGAGCAUCAGUUGAUGAUCACGGAACAAAACAGAGAAUUGGUUCACCUUGUUGUACCGUUUACUUUAGUUUCAUUUGAUGCUUGUGAGAGCUUUAGUGCAUAUGUUAUUUCGGUUAACAAGGAAUUAUGCUUGUUGCUCUGAAGUAUAUUUAAACUAGCUUGAUUUAGUUUUUAUUUGUUACAUAAACAAGACGGCAUCCUAUUGAAUCACAUGACUAUAUAAAAAUCCUAUGCAUCAUGAUACCUUCUGUAUGCACAAAUAGAAAGCUACUGUUGUUUGGAAGA